CUCCAACGCGUUUGUCUCGAACACAAUGCGCGUUUACUACACUCUUAAGGAAUUGUCUAUCUAGGUACUCACAUAUCCUAACAGAUUUGAAGUUUCGAAUAUAGUGACAUUUCUUGUUUUUAUUCUUGAUCAGAAAUUUGCGGCUGAAUAACAGCGAACUGUAUGAGUCAAUAGCGUACUUAGCGAAGCAACUAAAGAUGUAGACCGCUCGGUUUCAUUUCCGUAUCGGAGGCAAUCUGUUUGCUCUGAUGCCUCAGGGCUGAAUCUAUACUUGACGAGCGCUGUAUUGCCGAGGCAUGUAAGUGUGUGACGCGAAAGCUGUCGAUACUAGCGUAGCCGUUGCAAGCGUUAGUCCAAGGCAACCCCUUUAAUCGAGCAGUAAAUUAGUGGAAAAUGAACCAGCAAUACGCCACGACAACGGGGAAGGGUAGAUGGUAAUAAUCAAUACUAGUUAAGACCUAACCACCCAGUUGAUUUUAUGAUCUCGUAAAAACUAUAUCACGCAAUCCAUCACUCCAUAUUCUCUCAUAAUACUCUGAAACUCUCCCAAAUACCAAUUAUCAUAUUCGACAUGUCUAGGCUACCAUCUGUUGAGAAGCUUCCUCUUGCCCUGCGCAAGAACAUUCGCGAUGAAUGGGACAAUAAGAAGUUUGAUCUUGAGCAGAAGCUCUCAGAUACUCUGACAACCUCUUGGACUGUUGACGUGAACCCUAACCAAUUAUAUGCCUACGCCGAAGAGGGGUAUGCGAAGGAGUCCAUUGGCAGUUGCAUCGCAGAAUAUAUCAACGGGGCGAUAUAUAGGCUCAAAGAAUUUAAAGAUAAUGCGGGGGAAGAUGGCUUAAAAGAGCUGAACACCAUUUGCUACGCUCACGUUAUAACCAUUGACUUAGAUGAGCUGCUACGUGAGGGCUUCCACGAGGCUGUUGAGAAAGGCGAGAUCGCAUUCCGGAUUGUAGACACGCUCAAAUACGACUCAUAUUGCGAGUGCGAGAUCGAAGACGGCAUUUUAUAUCUCCAAGUAAAUACCUUCUUUUCUCAUGGAUCUUCUUGACUUCGGCCGGAACGCUGUCUAGAG